AGUAUAAAAAGGAAAAAUUUCCUCAUUUUUCAGAUGUGUUAGCAAUGCCUGAGAAGUCCUUAGGACAAGAAAAUACAAAUCAAAAAGGGAAAACUUUCAUCCAGUUAAGGAAACCUUGGGAAACACGUCCUCCUGACUUUGUCAGUGGCCUCCGAAAGGUGGCUUUUGCACAAGAAGAGUAUACUACACCAGUUUUCAGACAGGAAUCUGCAGAAUUCAAACCCAAACAUCAGAAAUUCAUCAAGGGUGGUCUUGAUCCUUUUCUAAGGAACAUAAACAGCAAAAUGUCAUUCAAAAAGAAGAAAGACCAAGACGCAUACAGAUAUCCAAGCACUUUAAGUAUAGAAGUUGCAGAGCAUGAAGAUCAAGACCCUCCUUACCCAGAACAUUCAAGGUCUGCAGGAUCUAAUACAACCUGGACUAACGAUCCUAACCUCAUCACAAUCCACAUGGUAACCAAAAAGAAUAGUGUGCCUCCUGACCAUACUACCACCACCACAAUGACUUCAGACAGGAAGAACAAUUUGCCACAUGAUCCUACUCUCAACACAACAAACACUUCACAUACAAAGAGUAUAUUUACAAGUGGUAAUCCCGUUAUCACCAUAACUAAGAUUUCAGAAUCUGAUUAUAAACUGUCAACUGAUCCUAGUUCCAAGACAACGAAGCCUUCAGAGAUGAAGCUAUCCAGCAGCCCUAGUUCCCAUACAACAAAGCCUUCAGAGACGAGGCUAUCCAGUGGCCAUAGCUCCCAUACAACAAAGCCUUCAGAGACAAGGCUAUCCAGUGGCCCUAGUUCCCAUACAACAAAGCCUUCAGAGACAAGGCUAUCCAGUGGCCCUAGUUCCCAUACAACAAAGCCUUCAGAGACAAGGCUAUCCAGCGGGCCUAGUUCCAAUGCAACAAAGCCUUCAGAGACGAGGCUAUCCAGUGGCCCUAGUUCCAAUACAACAAAGCCUUCAGAGACAAGGCUAUCCAGCGGCCCUAGUUCCCAUACAACAAAGCCUUCAGAGACGAGGCUAUCCAGUGGCCCUAGUUCCCAUACAACAAAGCCUUCAGAGACAAGGCUAUCCAGCGGGCCUAGUUCCCAUACAACAAAGCCUUCAGAGACGAGGCUAUCCAGUGGCCCUAGUUCCCAUACAACAAAGCCUUCAGAGUCAAGGUUAUCCAGUGGCCCUAGUUCCCAUACAACAAAGUCUUCAGAGACGAGGCUAUCCAGUGGCCCUAGUUCCCAUACAACAAAGUCUUCAGAGACAAGGCUAUCCAGUGGCCCUAGUUCCCAUACAACAAAGUCUUCAGACACUAAUAGGUUGGCCCAUAAUCCUAGUAUAAAUGGAAAUAAAUCUUCAGAUCCUAGUAAGUUGUCCCAUGAUCCUAGUAACAUUUCAACAAAGUCUUCAGAUCCUAGUAAGUUGAGCCAUGAUUCUAGUAUCAAUGCAAGAAAGUCUUCAGAUACUAAUAAGUUAUCCCAUGAUGCUAGUAUCAUUUCAACAAAAUCUUUAGAUAGUAAGAAUAAAUUGCCAAGUGGUAAGCCUAGUGUCAAUUCAGAUCUUACUACCAACACAGCAAAAACUCCAGCUACGAGGGACAAGUUAGCAUGGGAUCCUGCCACCCUCACAGUAGACUCUUCAGAUAUGCAGAGUAAGUUAGGAGAACAGCUACCGGAUGUAUCUUUACCAAACUGCCACAGAGAAUCAUCAGUGACUGGAAAUGGUAGCAUAUAUCACCCCUCAAGCUCAAUCAAUUUUACCUCUGAUAUUGAAAAUUUAAAACAGUCAAUAGCACUCAAAUCAAUUUUAAGUAAAAAUCUGCAAGACCUUUCAGAUGAGUUGUUUUCUACACCGGAAAUCUGCACCAAUGCCGAGGAGAUGCAGGGAAGCUCCCCUCUGCCUCUAGGUGUGCAUGACAGACCAUCAUGUGGGACAGAAGACAGAGUGCUUGAACAAGUCCAAGAUAUAAACAGCUGGCUUUCACCCAAAGAUAUUCUGAAUUCACAGGCUCUUUUAAGUCCUGUGAUUAAAAGUGUUCCUCAAGAUUUACUUCCGGAAGGCGGGCCAGGAACAUCUUCAGACAUAGAAGUUGUCUCUGACAAACACUUAGAGGCUGCUGAAAUACACUUUCCAAUGAACAGAAAGAGCAAUUUCAAAACCAAACAUUUAGUCAGUGAAGUAUCAGGUUCUGAUCAGGGUUUAAAUGGCAGUGUACGUGACUAUGUCAUUAAGCAGAUAUUCACUGCACCCAUAUUCUCGAAGCUAGAGACAGGAGCAACAGUACUGAGCGAGACACAGAUGGCCUUACAAGACCAGCUGUUCACAUACUGGGAGAGAACUACAUCUUCACAGAUUCUUACCUACGAAGAAAAAAGCAGUGGCGCUCCUCUGUCACGGCCAAAAUCUGGGAUAAGCACAAUAAUACAGUCGUUUCCUGUAGAAACUCUUUUAGAUUCUGGGAUAAUCAAAGUGCUACAACUAGAUAAAGAAAACCAGAGCUCUCUGUUGGACGUACAGACAGCCUCUCCUGAGGAAAAGCUGCAGACUCCCACAAAGUCAAAAAGCCAAACAAAACUGCUGUCAAGACAGACGACACCUAGCCCUAAGCCCAUAGAGACCUCUGCGAAUGCAGUCGAUUACACAGAAGACAGCCAAAGUACGUCAGCACAAGAGCCAAACUACCCAAAAGCAGAGAGAAAGUCCGACUCCCCAAAUGAACACCAGAGUCCAGACACGGAGGAGGCUGGGCUCAGUUCCGCUGUAGAGUCUCUAAGUAACUUAAUGGGCAAUCUGAAAGACACCGACUCAGUCAUACUAAAAUCCAUCCUCAAAAGUAUCUUCAAAAAUUUCUUCAAAUACAAUCAGUCUGAAAGAAAAGAGUAUCUAGACAAACAGUUUGACAGAUUAACACAACAUUCUUCACCACGUGGUACAGAACACUUAGAAAAAACGCAAGAGAAUUUUAAUAAAGCGGGCAAAACAGACAAGAAGCCCAUUCUGGAUCCGAAGCUGAGUGUGUUUCUAGAGAAACUCUCAGAGUCAGAAGUAAAAAACAUGAAGUCUGAGUUAAGCAAGCACAUUCAGCAUUACCUUCUAGAAAAGCUCUCAGAGGCAGGCCACAUCACUAAGGAGGACUUACCCCAAAUUUACCGAAACCUGUAUCUGAUGAAUGAGAAAACAGAGUUAAAAGGGCAAAGCUCUUUUCAGGACAAGUAUUCCAAAACUGUCGAGGAAAUCAUGUCCUUUGUAAAUAAUUUUAACCAUCAUUUCAUAGAUAAACAUUUAGAAAUAAAGCUUAGAUCUUUUCUAAAUGAAAUUCUCCAAAAUUAUUUCGUGAAGAAUCUUUCAGGAAGCAAUUUAUUCAAUGAGACGGAUGGUGUGUCGCUCCGUCCCAGCAUGUCCUCCAUGGCGAGUAACAGCUCUUCGAAGGCUCUGCACGGGCUGCAAGAUAUUGCCAGCGGGAGUUUUGGUUCAAGGCUCAAAUUAAACAUGAAAUACCCUUUCAACGAAUCUCUACAAAAUUAUCUUAAACCUUUAUCAGAAAAUGAAUUAUUAAGUCUAAAAGCUGAUUUGAGCAAAUAUGUCCAGGUUCUCUUUAUAGAUAAACUUCAUAAAUCAGGACUAAUGACAGAGAGGCAACUGAAGGGGAUCAGCCAGCAAGUUAACUCACUUAAUUCGCCUCCCAUGCCAUUCAAAUACAUAAACACAGAUUCACCUUUUAGGGAUGAAAGUUGCUUUAUGAGGGAGGAUUCAGAAGAGCAAAAGAAAUAUCCAAAGACUGGUCAAAAUACCACCUUUCGAACAUUUCUUGAAGAUAUACAUGGAGAAACAGAACCGACCAGAAAGGGAGAAAAAGGAAGUUCCUUUUCACACAAUUUAAAAGAAAAUCCAUCAACAACUUGGGAACAUAAACAUCUUUAUAGUAGGGAAGUUAAAACAUUAAUGAAAGUACAACCUCCUUCCAACAAAAAUACCCAGGCAGUUACAUUAAAUAAGUCACCAGAAAGACCUGCAGAUGUAUUACGUAAGAAACACAAGCAAGACCAUGGUUUCAUGCAACUUCCUCAAGCAGAAAAUUGUAUUUACAAAACAGAGACUCAAGAGCCAUACAGUUGGGAUGGUAGAUCAAAAGCAAUUCAAUCAAAACUCUGCUUUGAAAAGACACUAAAAGUGAAGGCGCUUGAGAAAAGGGAUAACAGUAACAUUUGCAAACUGGCUGUUCAGGAAAGACCUGAUCCAGGACUUUCACCUUACCUAAAACUUCCUACCUGCAAAACCUCAAGAGAAAGCGAACACCUGAACAGGCUCUCCUUCCCGACCUGGCGGGCUAACACUUUCAUUUAUGUGAACACAGAGAAUGGGGAGCAAUCAAAAUUAGACCAGUAUUGCCAGAGGUGGAAAGAAAAUAAUAAUAACAAUAAAAAACACUUGGUAACGUUUGCACAAUUCAAAAAUGAAAUGGAAACUCUUUAUAUAAACCCGUAUGAAGACCGCAAAGAAAAAUGUGCCAGAGGGGCUGAAUCGCAGGUGUUCCGAUGCAAAGAGGAGGAGAGAAACUCCAGGCCAUCUUUCUUCCCAGAAGUACUGACGAGAGAAAGCAUGAAAUCCAGAAGGAAAGAAAGAGAUUACACCACCAAACCAAAGAAGUCAUUUCACAAGAUAGUCAGGAUACUGCCAGCCGCGCUGCCCACUGCAAGACCUCAUCUCCGGAAAUCUGUUCCAAGGACCUUACUCCACUGGACUGCGAGGAGAACUAUCCACGAUUGUUUGGAUAGAUUCGACGAUUUACAAAUACCCUCAGUUAAACGUCCUAAAAACUCAAAAUCCAGAUCGAGACUUUUAGGCAAGAGUCCAGAUGAUUCCUAUAAUCAGGCAAAACCCUGCGCACGACCAUCCACCGCUCCAGAGCCUAACAAGCGACGGGAAAGUGUCACCGGGAAAUUCGCAAGUCCUCGGAUGGUCUCGGCGGGCUUAGUUCAUAUCCAUGACACCACCCCAGAGUACGACAUACGGAAAGUGAGGUCCAGAAGAAAAUUAAAAGAGAAUAUUGAAAAGCGUCCGCUCAUUUAUGAUAUUAUCCAGAUGUUAGACACUGCAGAAUAAUACGUGAGGCCACCAGUCAGAGUAUAAUUUCUCCAUUAACAAAAUGGUUUGGAGAUCUAUCCUUGUGCGUGAUAGAAGUCAACAACGAAAUUUCAUCUUGUGAGACCAUUUUGUUAUGAUUAAAAUGAAAAAUAAACACAUUCUGUGUAAACGU